ACAUCACCGAUAGCGGUCCUCGACGGAGGCGAGCUGAAAUAUCACCGAUUCCCGGCCGGCGGGACAGUCGUUCAGAGCGGGGAACCGAUCACAGACGCUUCAGCCAGCAGCAAUGAAGGUGUUCCUCGCCGUGGCCGUGCUGGCCUGCAGUGGCCUUGUGAUGGGUGACGGUGGUGGCCACGGCGGCCACGGAGGUGGUCACGGAGGCGGCCACGGGGGUGGUCACGGGGGCGGUCACAGCUCCGGCGGUCACAUCUCCGGUGGUCACAGCUCCGGCGGCCACGGCAGCAGCCACGGCAGCAGCCACGGUCCGGCCACCAGCUCCUACUCUUCCAUCGGCAGCAGCGGCCACUCUUCCGGCCACUCUUCCGGCCACUCUUCAGGCCACUCUUCGGGCCACUCUUCGGGCCACUCUUCGGGCCACGCCACCCAGGCGGCUGCAGCCACCAGCUACGCGGCCCCGGCUAGCAGCCACCACGCCAGCGGCCAGGCCGGCAGCACUGGCUACUACUACUACUACUACCCGGUGGAGGAGCACAAGGGACAGGUCGAGGGGGGCUCCGGCGGCCUGGAUCUGGCCGGCCCCAUUCUGAUCGCUGUGCUCGUCGGUAUCGGCAUCAUCCUCCUGGUGGCCGCCGCUGCCGCCAUUGCCAACGACGACGACAACAACGCGCGUAAGCUGGCGACGAGCCUGCUGCCGGCGCAGCUGGACCAGCUGCUGCACCAUGAGCAGCUCGGACAGGUGGCCGCCAUGGCCAUGCGCGCCAUCAACAAGAGGUGGUAAAAGAUAGCAGCGAGAAUGCGCUUUCUGGGGAAACACAAGACCAGAAGAGCGUCUCAGGUACAAUAACCCUCAAUGAGCAACAAUCAGAAGAUGGUGUGAUACGCGUUCUCUACUACCUAACCAGGGAUGAAAUUUGUGUCAUGAAGAAGAGUCACAUUGUCAUUGAUGUCACAACUUCUUAGCUGGUAUUGAUAGUCAAUGACAUCUGACACAGUGCGAUUGCUGUGUUAAAGUCUUAACUUUGUUUGUUUUCUUCGUAUUAGUCAAUAUUCUUCUUUUGCUGUAUCAAUGUCCUUGUUUUUGUUGUUUGUUUUUAUGUUGUUUGUUAAUUAUUCGUUCGUUGUCAAAGGGCUCCUCGUUGUCUUUUGUCUGUUGCUCGUAUUGUUUGUGAAUUUGUGUUUGUUUUGUCCCGCUGUCUGUGCCGUCACGCUGUAGGUUAUGUGUCGUUAUAUGUUGUGUCGUAUUUGUGAAGGUGGCCCUGUCCCUGGUUUGUCCAUGUUAAAUGUUUCGUCAUCGUCCUUUCUACUUGUGGUCCAUUGACGUGCAUAUUUUGU